AUGGGCAAAAUUAAGAAAAUAUCUAAUAAUAGUAAUAAAAGUAAAAAAAAAUCAGUAACUGUUAAAAAGAAAAAUAAAAGUAAUAGUGACUCUAAAAAAAAAGAAGAAGAUGUAAAAAAAUUAAAAAAUACUGCACAAUGUUCAAGUGAUGAAAGUGAUGUUUAUUUUUAUAAUGAUAUUCAAAGAUGGAAGAAUACAAUUAAAGUACCUAUAUGGUUAAAGAAACCAAAGGAUAAAGAAUCUUUAGAUGAAUUUUAUAAAAAUAUUAUAAAAAAAUUAUUAAGAGUAAAGAAUAAAAUUAGAGCAUAUAAAAUACAAGAAGCAUAUCUAUUAGAUUGUCUACAAAAAUGUAUGAUAGAUUUAAAUUUAAAUUCUGUAAGGUCAACAGAAAAUAUUAAUUGUGAAAUAUAUAAAAAUUUAAUAUAUAAUUCGAAAGAUAAAACGUAUGUGGAAAAUGUAGAUAAAGAAAAUAAUAGCGAAAUAAAAAAUAAUAAUAUAUCAAAUAAAAAUAAUCACAUACCAUUAAAUCCUGAAAAAAAUGCCAUAAGUGGAAUAGACAAUACAAUGUAUAGUGACAAUAAUAAUAAUAAUAAUAAUAAUAAUAGGAAGGAUGGUAAUAAUUCUGGAAGUAGUAAUAUGAUAAAUGAUAGUGACAACACAAUAAAUGAUAAUACCAAUACAAUAAAUGAUAGUACCAACACAAUAAGUGAAAGUAAUGAGACUCUUAAUAGUAGUAAUAAAAUGAACAGUCACAAUAAUAAUAAUAAUAAUAUUUGCGUCAGCAAUAGUAUUAGCAAUUGUAGUGAUGUUAAUAAAAACUACACUAGCAGCAGCUUUUAUAGUGUUAAUAAUUAUGAUACUAAGGAUGAGGAAGAAAAUUCAAUUUAUAUCAAAAAAGAUAAUAUUAAGGAUAACAACACAAAUACAUGCUUAAAAUGCUUAAAAGAACAAAAAAUACAAGAUAUGGUUGAAAAUCUAAAAAAUUCGUUAUUUAAAGAAGAAGAGACAAGAAAAAAAAGUGUAAUGGAUGAUGUUUUUAAUAAAGUAAUAAUUCCUGGUGGAUUUUUUGAAAAUAAUAAUUUUUGUCCUAUAUUCUUGAAACUUUUAAAAAUAGAUAUAUAUAAUUCAUGUUAUACAAUAGAUACUAAAGUAAAUUCCAAAUUAAUGAAUUUAUUUAAUGUAUUAAAUAAUUUUAAUGAAAAUAAUAUAACUGAUACAAACAAAAAUGUAGACAAAGAAACAGAUGAAUUUUUAAAUACAAAAUGCAAAAGUCCAAACAGAUAUAAAUCACACAUAGAUGAUAUAUCUUUUUUCAAAGGACAAAGCUCAUUAUAUAAAUUAUCACAAUAUUGUAUAGAAAAGGAAGUUAUCAAAAAUAAUGAAGUUACUUCUUUUGAUACAGUUUAUAUAUACAAUGAAAAAAAAAUUGAUGAUCAGGAACAUAUCCUUGAUGAAAAUAAAAAAAACUCAAGUGAUGGUUGUAAAAAGAAUACAAAAUUUAAAUAUGUUUUAGACGAUUCACAAAAGGAUAAUCCUUCCUUGCAUUAUAUUAAUGACAAAAAAGAUAUUAUAAAUAAUGAUAAAUAUAAUAAUAAUGGAUCUUCUCAAUCACUUACUGAUUAUAAUAAACAUGUUAUAAAUAAUCGUAGUGUAGAGAAUUAUACUUCAAAUGAAAAUAUUAUUGAAACAUAUGAUAACACUGUUAAGUCUUAUCAUACCUUGAAAAGCCAGAAAACAAAUAGUAUCACUUUAUCUAAGAAUAAUAGGAUAGAUAGUCAUACUGUUAUAAAUUUAUGUGAUACUAUAGAUGAUAAAGAAGUAUAUGAAAUAUCUAGUUGUUAUAAUGAAAAUGAAGAUACAAAUAAGUCCUAUUUUGAUAUAAUAAAUGAUUAUUAUGAUGAUGAUGAUGAAAAAAAAAAAAAAGAAAAAAACAUUUAUGAUAGUAAAGUAAAUCUUUUUAAUGAUAAAGAAGCAAAUAUAUUAGAAACGAAUUUGGAAAAGAAUCCUAUUAUAUAUGAUAAUAUAAACAUAAUACAUGAAAAAGAAAAUAACUUAAUAAACAGCAACAACAAUAAUAAUAAUAAUAAUAUUAAUAAUUGUGAAAAAAAAUGCAAUAUUGCAUGUAAUGAUAUUAAUGAAAAUACCCUUUUCACUGAAUCAUCAAAAGAGGAAAAUAAUUAUAAGGGGGAAUCAUCUGAAAAAAUGGAUCCCUUGAAUUGUGAAUGCUCAUAUGACUCAAAUAAAUUAAACAGUAGUAAUAAUCCUUAUAAAGAAAUUAGUAAUAAAAGUGAUACUACAAUUUAUAAUAAGAAAAGACAUAGUGGAAGUGGUGAUAUAUAUAAUAAAAAAUAUUUCGAAGAAAAUUUAUUUGAAAAUAAUUCAAAUGAAGAUAAUAUUUUUAAAAGACAAAAAGCAAAUAAUGAUAAUAUUUUAGAAGAGAAGAAAAAUGAAAAAAGUGAUUCAGAAGAAAAUAGUUAUUUAGAAAAUAUAAAAAAUAGACGUAGUCAUUCGUUGUGCUUUAGUAGUAAUGAUAGAAAGAGUUAUAAUGACAUGUUUAUUGGAAGUAGUAAUAAUAGUGAUAAUAACAUUUAUUUAAAUAAUAUUAAAAGACAUCAUAAUGAAAAUAAUGAAAAUAAUGAAAAUAAUGAUGAUAAUGAAUAUAAUGAAAAUAAUGAUGAUAAUGAAAAUAAUGAAAAUAAUGAUGAUAAUGAAAAUAAUGAUGAUAAUGAUUAUAGUGAUGAUAGAAAUAAGAAUAAUACUGAACAAAUAGAAUGUGGACCCAUUGAUUAUAAUAGCUGUGACGAUAAAAAAAAUCCAGUCAAUAGUAAUGACAAUAAUAUAAAAAAUAAUUGUGAAGAGUAUUUAAAUAGUGAAUAUGAAAGGAUCGAGUUAAAUGGUAAUGAUAUGAAUAAUAUGGAUGCAAAUGUUAAUAUUUUGAACUUAACCAAAGAAGAAACAAUCAGAUGUACACCUAGUGAAGAUAAUAAUAAAAGUAUUAUUAUAAAUAAAAAUAAUAUAAAUAAUGAAAAUAAUAUAUUAAAUGAAGAAAAAGAAAAUAUUUGUAAAUAUAAUAAAAGUUUAUUUGAUAGUGAUGAUGAUCAAAUAAAAACUGUAACUAAUAAAAACAAAGAAGAAGAAAACAAGAUAGAUAAAAAUAUAGAGUCUGUGUUAUUUAAUUCUUGUGAUAGUGAUAGUAUAAAGAGUAUGAAUAAAAAUAAUAGUAAUUCUGGUAAUUCCAAAUUAAAUGAAAAGAAUAAAUAUAAUAAUAAUAAUAAUAAUCAUAAUAAUAUUCAUAGUAAUAAUAUUCAUAGUAAUAAUAUCCAUAAUGAUGAUGAUGUUAUAAUAAUUGAUGAAGAUAGUGACUCAACAUUAAAAAUAAAAGAAAAAGAAGAUUAUGAUAAAUAUUGUAAUAAAGAUGAAAUGAAAAAAGAUACAGUUUUAGUACAUAAUAAUAUUUCAAAAAAUAAUGAUAAAUCGAAAAAUGGAUUAACAGCUAUGAGUAUGAAUUUAUUUGAUGAUUCGUCAGAUAAUGAUUCUGAUAAUUCUUAUGAAGAUAAGAAUAUAAAUGUUUUAAAUGAUAUGUAUUCAAAUAAAUAUUAUCAUACGAAUGAAAAAGAAAAUCCAUAUUGUAAGAUGAAAGAUAAUAUUUAUGAAGAAUUAAAAAGGAAUGAAAACAAAAAUUAUAAAAUAAAUGAUAAAUCUGUAGUAGAUAAAAAUUUAAAUGAAGUAUCCAUUUUAAACAUUGAUUUAAAUAAAGCUCACAAUGCAGUACUUGAAGGCUUGAUGGAUUUGUUCGGUUUAAAAAGUAACAGAUUAUCAAGGAAAAUAAUAGUUAAUGAAUUAAUAAAAAUACAAGAUUAUUUAAGAAAAAAACAUGAUGAAUUUAUAAAUUGUGAUAAUAUAGAGGAUGAACAUAUAUUAGAUGAUUUAUCAAAUAUUAAGGAAAAUUAUGUCACUGAGAAUGAUAGUUUAUUUAAGGAUACCAUAGGUGAACAUGAAAAUAUUAAUAAAAAUAAUAAUAAUAAUGACAAUAAGGACGAUAUUGAAGCUGACACAAAUAAAAUUAAUGAUGAUCAAAAAAAUGGAAACUGUCAUAAUAAUAUCAUUUGUAUAGAUUUAUUAGAUAAUGAAAAAGGAUAUAAAUCAGAUUGCGAUAUACAAUCAUUUCAUUAUAAUAACACAUUAUUUGAUAACGAUUUGUUAAAUAGAGAAACGGAUAAAUUACAAGAGGAUUAUAUAAAUCAUAUGCAUAAUAAAAUAAAACAAAUGGAAUUAAAACUUUUAUUUGACAGAAUAGAUGAAGCUAUAAAAAUUAAUGAUGUUAUAUACAAAAAUGUAUAUGAAGAAAAAAAAGUUGAAUAUAGUAUUUUCAAAAAACAUCUUGUAGACUGUAAAUUAAACGUUAAUAAGGAAAUUAUCAUGUCUUAUUCAAAGGAUAAAAAUAUUGAAAUUAUAUCCAAGAAAAAAAAUAUUUCAAAUUAA